GCCUGGACUCGGCAGGAUCGGCAGUGCAUCCUCGACACUCUGGCUCAGUUAUUGCUGGAUAAGGAAUGUACUGCAUUGAUUGCACGCCAGCUCAGGCCAAUCCUGCUGGAGCUGUUGGAAAGGAAUGCAGAAGCCAUUAGAGCUGGUGGCCAACUCAACCACGACCGGCACGAGAGGCUCUGUGUAGCCAUGAGCAAACUGCUGGCUAACCACCCCGACGUCCUGCCAUUUGCUUUAAGAUACUUCAAGACUGCAUCACCAGUUUUCCAGAGGCUUUUCCUGGAGAGCUCAGAUGCAAACCCAGUGCGGUACGGGCGCAGACGGAUGAAGUUGAGGGACCUCAUGGAGGCAGCCUACAAGUUUUUACAGAAGGAGCCAUCAGUUUUCCGGGAACUGUGGGAUUGGAGCGUGUGUAUUCCACUCCUAAGGAGUCAUGACACUUUAGUUCGUUGGUAUACUUCAAACUGCCUUGCUUUGGUUACAUGCAUGAACGAUGAGCACAGAUUGUCUUUCCUGAGGAAGAUAUUCAACCCUGAGGAGCUGAUCCAUUUCAGACUAAAGCUGCUGGAAGAAGCUCAGCUGCAGAAUGUGGAACAAGCCCUUGUUCUGGCCAAUCCUGACUCCUCAUUUUGGCAGAGGGAGAGAGAACUGCAAUACACACAAGGACAUAUUGUGUCGGGUGACCUCUCUGCACGUGUGGUAGCUGUAUGUGGCAUUGUGCUGCCCAGACUACAGCUUGGUUCUGAAGAACAGGGAAAUGACACCAGCUGUUUUGUCCUGGUUGAAUCUGCCUUCACAAAUCUUCAGAACCUUGCUAUUGCUGUAGCACAUCAGACUCCUGUGUUACUAGAGGGACCAAUAGGAUGUGGCAAGACUUGUUUAAUUGAAUAUUUAGCAGCUGUUACGGGAAGAGCAAAACCUCCUCAUAUAUUGAAAGUUCAGCUUGGAGAUCAAACGGAUAGUAAGACACUGCUGGGUAUGUAUCGUUGCACAGAUGUGCCAGGGGAGUUUGUCUGGCAGCCUGGAACCUUGACACAAGCUGUUACCAAAGGCCACUGGAUACUUCUGGAGGAUAUUGAUUAUGCUCCUCUGGAUGUGAUCUCUGUGCUGAUUCCUCUUUUGGAGAAAAGAGAAUUACUGAUUCCUGGUCGUGGUGACUGUUUAAAAGUAUCCCCAGGAUUCCAGUUUUUUGCAACCAGGAGGAUAUUCAGUUGUGCUGGAGGUUGGUACAGGCAGCAAAACAGCCAUGCUGCUCUUCUGGACAAGUACUGGACCAAAGUACACCUGGAUAACAUGAGCAAAGGAGAGCUCAAGGAGGUCCUUCAAAGGAGAUACCCCAACCUCACUCCUGUAAUGGAUAACUUGCUGGACAUUUUCAUUGACCUCACAGGAGAGAAGUAUCAGGCAUCAGGAAACAAUGCUGCUGCCUCCACUCACAUGCCAGAAGACUCAUCAGAACCAAGAUCAGAACAUAAACCAAAUCUGGAAGGACGAGAACUAUCUCUAAGAGACCUACUGAACUGGUGCAGCAGGAUUGCUUACAGCUUCAACAGCAACUCCCCAACCACAGCAAUGAACAUUUUUCAGGAGGCAUUGGACUGUUUCACAGCUAUGCUGUCCAACCGAGGGAGCAGACAGAAAAUGGCAAAAGUUAUUGGAAGUAAACUAAACAUCACCAAGAAAAAGGUGGAAUUCUUUUGUGAGCUCUAUAAACCAGAAAUCGUGAUAAGGGAACUGGAAGUCUCUGUUGGAAGAGCUCAUCUCACGAGGAAACAGACUCAGGCUCUCACUGUGCAGAGAGCCAAACACACCUUUGCUGCCACACGUCCAUCUGCUGUCCUGAUUGAGCAGCUGGCAGUCUGUGUUGUCAAAGGAGAGCCAGUGCUCUUGGUGGGUGAAACAGGGACUGGCAAAACCUCAACUGUUCAGUACCUCGCUCACAUUACAGGACAUCGUUUGAGGGUUGUCAACAUGAACCAACAGAGUGACACAGCAGAUCUCUUAGGGGGUUACAAGCCUGUGGAUAACAAGCUGAUCUGGCUCCCUCUGCGAGAGUCUUUUGAGGAACUCUUCUCCCAGACAUUCUCUAGGAAGAAAAACCAAACGUUCCUGGGACACAUUCAGACCUGCUACAGGCAGAAACGUUGGCAGGAUCUGCUAAAGCUAAUGCAGCACAUUCAUAAAUCUGCUCUCAGUAAGGAAGCAAAAGAAAAUGCAUCUGGAUCACCACUGAAGGAAAAAUGGGAGGCAUUUGGUCUGAAACUGAAUCAUGCCCAUCAGCAGAUGAAGAUGACAGAAAGUGCUCUUCUCUUUGCAUUUGUGGAGGGUACUCUGGCACAAGCAGUUAAAAAAGGAGAGUGGAUCUUACUGGAUGAGAUUAAUUUGGCUGCAGCAGAGACUUUAGAGUGCUUGAGUGGUUUAUUGGAAGGAUCAUCUGGGUCGCUGGUGUUGCUGGACAGAGGAGACACAG